AUGACAUUAGAAAAAGCCACAGCAAGCAUCGUUCCAUUAGUUUCUGGUAUUAUAGAUUAUGUUGUUUUAGUAAAACAAUAUUGUAAUCGUUAUUCACCUAUUUUAACACGGGAUGAAUCAGCACCAAUCUAUCUUUACUCAAUGCAGACAGAGUUCUUUUCCUCUCUGAACAAAGCACUUCGGGAUCAAAAACGACAUUUACUAAAGCCAUGGUUCCCUUACUUGAAACUAUUUCUUAAUGCUCGCGAAAGGCUACCGUUCUAUUAUGAUACUGUUUGGCGAGGUGUUUCGGGUGAUUUCGAUGCCAGUUGUCUUCAUAAUGAUCUGCAAACUUGGUGGAGUGUAAACUCUUGCUCAAAAGCCUUUAAUGUCAUUGAAGCAUUUGUUGGUGGAAAAGGAGUUGUAUUUGCCAUAAAAGUUAGUCACGGUAAAGAUAUUUCUGCUUCUAUGGCAAUGAAAGACGAACAAGAAGUUAUCCUUAAGCCUGGGAUGGGGGCUACAGUAUUUAUGAAGAACAAACCUCUCGACUUUGAUAGUCCCCAUGUUGGAAAAACCGGAGUAAAAUUGACGGUUUACCGUGAUUUUACCGCGGUAAACCGGGGCUUUCGGGAAACACCGCGGUUUACCGCCGGUAUUUUUCGAUUAACCGGUUCGCUGAGCGUUUAUAAAAAAUUGUUGCUAAAAGUCAUUGAUCGGGCUAUUUUAGGCAUCUUUUUUUCCUAUA